AUGGGAAUCUCUGGUGUAAAAGGUGAAGAAGGACAAAUGGGUCCACCUGGGCCUGCUGGAGAAUGUGGGGAUAUGGGAAUAAAAGGUGAAAGAGGAUCCCCAGGAGACAGUGGCUGCAUUAACAUCCGUCCUGAGAAAGGACAAAUGGGGGACCCAGGGCUUCCUGGUGAGAAUGGAUUUAGAGGAGAAAGAGGUGAAAAAGGCAAUACUGGUUUCAGAGGCACCCGAGGGUUUCCAGGGAAGCAUGGUGUUCCAGGACUGCCAGGUGACCAAGGUGACCCUGGUGUGAUGGGAUUUCCAGGAUCGAGGGGCUUCCCAGGACCAAAGGGCUUUAGAGGAAUUACAGGCUUUCAAGGAGAACCAGGUGACCAGGGUGAUGUUGGCUUACCAGGAAUUCCUGGAAAUCCAGGACUGACUGGCCCAAAAGGAUGUAAAGGGCUCUGUGGAUUCCCAGGGGAGAAAGGUUUCCCAGGUAUCCAAGGACAGCCUGGAAGGCCAGGUUCCAAGGGUGACCCUGGAUACCCAGGAAUACCUGGAUUACCAGGAGCUGCAGGUCCUCAGGGACUGCCAGGAGAACCUGGAGAGAAAGGGAAACAAGGAAUUUUGGGACCUCCAGGAUUGCAAGGGUUACCUGGAUCCCAAGGCAGAAAAGGUCUUCCUGGACUGCCAGGACUGGAUGGCUUGGAUGGACUGAAAGGUCAAAAAGGUUCUGCAGGAGCUCCAGGUCACAGUCAAACAGGGCCCCCAGGAUACUCAGGAGAAACUGGACCAAAAGGAGACAGAGGUGAACCUGGAUGGCCUGGGAUUUCUAUUCCAGGCUCCCCUGGAGAAAGGGGAUUCCCAGGAUUUCCAGGCAGAAGAGGACCUGUUGGACCCACUGGACCUAUGGGAAGACCUCCUGAUAGUGCAUCUCCUGGUCCUCCAGGUGAUCAAGGACCACCUGGUAUAGAUGGCAUCAGAGGUCAUCCUGGGAAUCCUGGUCCUCCUGGAGACACUAUCUUUGUGCAAGGAGAUCCAGGUGAUAUUGGCAUUCGAGGGGCUCCAGGUAAUCGUGGGCAGCGAGGACAGCAAGGAGCCAGAGGUCCUUCAGGGAACCAAGGAAGAGAAGGCCCAAAGGGUCCUAUGGGAAUCCAAGGCCCACAGGGUCCACAUGGUGCUACAGGAGAACCAGGAGACCAAGGAUUUCAAGGAAGACCUGGUCCCAGAGGUCCCACAGGUCCUUCAGGUUUCAUAGGUGACCCUGGUGAACCAGGAAAAGUAGAUGAUUCAUGCCCUACAAUCCCAGGGCCUCCUGGGGAAGCAGGGCAAAGAGGAGAGGAUGGCUCUGCAGGACUCCCAGGGCCAAUAGGCCACCCUGGAUCCCAAGGGAGAAAAGGUGAAGAAGGGUCAUGUGGCCUACCAGGUCAAGAUGGUUUACCUGGGGCACCUGGACCACCAGGUGACCAAGGGAGCAUAGGAGAGCAAGGAUACGCUGGGCCACAAGGUCCACCUGGCCAGACUGGUAUCCCAGGCCCACCAGGCCCCCAAAUUAGAUCUGCAAGUGGAUUCUUGCUCGUCCUUCACAGUCAGUCGGACAGAGAACCACUCUGCCCACAGGGGAUGCCAAAAUUAUGGACUGGGUAUAGUUUGCUGUACCUGGAAGGACAAGAGAAAGCCCAUAAUCAAGAUCUUGGUCUGGCAGGAUCUUGCCUCCCUGUGUUUAGUACCAUGCCAUUUGCCUACUGCAAUAUCAACCAAGUUUGUUACUAUGCCAGCCGAAAUGACAAGUCUUACUGGUUAUCCAGCGCUGCUCCCUUACCGGUGACGCCGCUGUCCGAGGAAGAAAUCCGACCAUACAUCAGCAGAUGUGCUGUGUGUGAGGCCCCAGCACAGGCAGUGGCAAUUCACAGCCAAGAUCAGUCAAUUCCUCCCUGCCCAGUGAACUGGAGGAGCCUUUGGAUAGGAUAUUCUUUUUUGAUGCACACAGGAUCUGGUGAUCAGGGUGGUGGACAGUCCCUUAUGUCACCUGGAAGUUGCCUGGAAGACUUCAGAUCAGCACCAUUCAUUGAAUGCCAGGGCCAGAGGGGAACAUGCCAAUUCUUUGCUAAUGAAUACAGUUUCUGGCUAACAACUGUGAUACCUGAGCUGCAGUUUGCAUCAGCUCCCCUGUCAGGAACUCUUAAAGAAGGCCAAGAGCAGAGGAAAAAAAUCAGUAGAUGCCAGGUAUGCCUGAAGCAUGGCUAA